AUGGCUGCACCGAAUAAUCCCCGGUUUUACUCACUUUUUACCCUCCUCCUGUGCUCGUGCUUCGGCGGGAGCUGCGCGGACCGGCGGUUCUCGGAGCUGAAGCGCUGCGCGGAUGAAGAAUGCAGCAUGCUUCUCGGCAGAGGAAAGGCCGCAAAGGAUUUCAUGGGGCCGGACUGCCGGUUUCUCUCUUUUAAGAAAGGAGAGACGAUAUAUGUAUAUUAUAAACUCUCAGGGCAGAGGUCAGACGUGUGGGCUGGUAGUGUUGGAAACCACUUUGGCUAUUUUCCAAAAGACUAUCUUAAUAUAAAUCAUAUAUAUACUGAAAAAGAAUUGGAGGUACCUACAGAAGAAACAGAUUUUGUCUGCUUUGAGACUGGGCUUGAUAAAUUUGAAAGUUAUGACAUAGAUGUGUUAUUAGGAAGCAAAUUAUUUAUGGAGAACGAGAAUUCAACAGAAGAAUCUAAAGAAGCAUAUCAGAAUGAAGUGGUUUCUCAACUGCCUUCUGAAACAGAAGAAAUAACAGAAGAUUCAGUGGAGCAUCUUGAUUCAGAAUCAGAAUCGCUACUUCAAUCAGAGUCUGUUGAUUCAGAAUCAAGAUUGCCUCUUCAAUCAGAGUCGAUCGAUUCAGAAUCAGUAUUGAUUCUCGAACCAGAGUCAGUUGAUUCAGAAUCAAGAUUGCCUCUUGAAUCAGAGUCAGUCAAUUCAGAACCAGAAUCGACUCAUGAAUCAGAGUCAGUCAGUUCAGAAACAGAAUUGAUUCAUGAAUCAGAGUCAGUUGAUUCAGAACUAGCAACGCAUCAUGAAUCAGUGUCAGUCGAUUCAAAACCAGCAACGACUCCUGAAUCAGAGUCAGUUGAUUCAGAAUCACAAUCAACUGAUUUAGAAUCAACAACACAGUCAACUGAGUCAAAAUCAACAUUACAGUCAAAUGAUUCAAAAUCAACAUCACAGGCAACUGAUUCAGAAUCAACAUCACAGGCAACUGAUUCAGAAUCAACAUCACAGGCAACUGAUUCAGAAUCAACAUCACAGUCAACUGAUUCAGAAUCAAUAUCACAGUCAAAUCAUUCAAAAUCAACAUCACGGUCAAGUGAUUCAGAAUCAACAACACGGUCAAGUGAUUCAGAGUCAACAUUACAGUCAAAUAAUUCAGAAUCAACAUUACGGUCAAGUGAUUCAGAAUCAACGUUGCAGUCAAGUGAUUCAGAAUCAACAUUGCAGUCAAGUGAUUCAGAAUCAACAACACAGUCAACCGAUUUAGAAUCAACAUUGCCUUUUGAGUCAGAGUCAGUUGAUUCAGAAUCAACAUUGCUUCUUGAAUCAGAAUCUGUAGAGUCAGAGACAUUGAUAUCUAAAUCUACCGAAAAUGACUCUAAUAGCUUUCAGCCAAAGACAGUCGUCUCCUCAGAGUCAACACUGGAGCCUAAACAUGGAGUGACCGAUGAGACAGAUACUUUAAUAACCCAAGAUGAUGUAGAAACCCAACCAUCAGACUUUGAUGCACUAAAUAUUGAUGAUGUUAAACUUUUGCACAUCCAACAUGACUCUGAUUUUGAGUCAGAGCUUGAAACACAAACAGCAGGUUUAGACGUAGAUAGCGAAGAGCCUACUAACCGUAAAGAUUUACCACUACAAACUUCAGAGAAAACACUUGAGGAUGAGAAUAGAUGGACAUCAGCAUUAAAUGAAAAAAGUGAAUCGGAAGAGACUGAAUCUUCUCACGAACACACUAAAGAAUCACUUUUAGUUCAUGAUGUCAAAGCACAAAGAGAUCUUGAAGAAGAGGAAACAAUUGAUAAUGUGAAAUUUUCUCUUUCUUCUCAAAGUACUAAAUCUGCUUCAGAUGAAAGUGAAGGCGUCCCAUCUGAACCAGCUCCGGAAACGGAAUCGAUAGCAUUAGAUAUAAGUGAAAUCACAGAGAAUACGAAUGAAAAUGCAGAUGAUUUUAUUCAGAAGGACAGCAUGAACACUAAUGAAAAUGCACACAAAAACAUUGCAGACGAUGCUCAGGAUGUAGUGAUAAACAGAAGGGAGAAACCUACUGAAUCCGAGGACGAAGAUGAAACUGAGAACGUUUCUGAAAGUCCAGAAUCUGCACCUCUACUUUAUAAAACAGAUGAACAGAUCGAAAAGGUGAAGAACGAACUGGACGCUCUGCUUAAAAACACACUGGAGUCUGAGGAAGAUAGUCCUGGAGAUGAAGAGGACGAGACUGAAGAGCUUCUGGAAGAUGAAAACGCUCUUCUUUCAUCUAAUGAUCCUCAUCUCGCAGACAAAAAUCUUGAAGACGAUGAGCAACCUGAUGAUGAUGAUGAUGAUGAUGAUGAUGGUUUGGUUGAAUCUCAACAAAGCGAAAACACAACACAAGCAGAUGAAACGGAAACCGAAGAGGUUGGUCUUCCUCCUGAAGAGCCUGAAUACAGCGAUAGCGUACUGAGACUCACAAUAUUGCGAGAUCACUUGAAGGACGAAGACACCGAGCGCAUGCAGAAGUACUUCGGCCUGAAGAACAUGUUCAGAAUCGAAGCCAUGUUUUCUGAUCUGGAUCUUGAGAUGAAGUCUGCGCGGGAGAUGAAGACGGAUACGGAGGAGAUCGAGCAAACGCUGGACCAGAUCACGGAGGCUUCAGAAAACUCCAUUCUCGAUGCCACAGAGGACAUACUUAAUGAAAGAGACCGGAAAGCUCUGGAAGACGGACUGCAGAAGGAACCGGAGAUGUAUGAUAUUGAGGCUGCCAUGUUGGACGCUUUUCAGGAGAUUGUUUUCGCUUUGCGACAGAAAUAUUCGACAGCCAGCGACAGCGUCCCAUUGGUUGAGGAGGAACAAAGUGCAUAUGAAACAGAUGAGAAAUCUGAGCCUGAAGAGCUGAAGAAUCUGGACAUUACAACUGAAAUGACUGAGCCAGCUGAAACUCCUGAAAUGCACAAGGAGCAGAAUGACUCUGAAUCGAUUCUGAGUCCUGAAUUCAAUAUGAACCCAGAUUUGUCCCACAAUAAAGACGUGGAUCUUGAGGAGGACGGAGGCCAUUUCAACAGGAAUAAAGAUGCUCAAAUCGCUUUCGAAGAUGCUGAGGAGAUCCAAAAGGGACCUCAUGCUAUUUUGGAGAAGCCGGUGGACAUUGGCUUUCACUUUGAGAUGGAUCAGUCUUCAGGUUCAAUGGAGUCUCCGAGUGUCUCCGAUUUCCAUGAUGCUGAAACUGGCAGUGAUUCCUCCAGCCCAUCGACUUCAGAUGAACUUCAGGGUUUGCUGGUGCUUCUCAAAGAAAAUCUCGGAGUUUAUGGAGAAGUUCUGAUCACUGCACUUCCGGAGGAAUGGCGACCGGGUCCCAAUUUUCACGGAGUCCCCUGGGAGCCAGUGGUGGUCACAGUGGCCAUCGGGGCCCUCACUAUACUGAUGUUCUUCUGGAGGACAGUGCUCUCUAUUAAAGGCAGAAGCUAUCAAUUAACUGAAAAGCAGCUUAGAGACAAAAUCCAGCAGCUUCUCAAUGAGAAAUCUGAUGCUGCUAACAAGAUCACUGAAUUAAAUGACAUGAUAAAAGAAAGAGAACAACACCUGCAAAACUCAGAGAAGUCACUGAGUUCCAGCCAACAUGAAAUUAAAGGGCUGAAGAAUCAUCAGCAGAAAAUGCAGAGUCAGUGGGAGCAGAUGUCUGGGAGUAUUUCGCAGCUCAACCAGACAAUUGUGGACACACAGGAAGAAAACGCAAACCUUAAUGAGAAGAUUGCCAAGAUGCACCAGAGAAUUGAGAAAUACCAGAAAACACUGAAGAGUUACGAUGAUGAGCGCGCAAAGGUUCAUGUCCUUAUGGAUGAAGCUAAACUCAGAGAAGACGCUCUUAAGGCUCAGGUUCUGUCCUUUGAGAAGGAAAACGGGGCUUUAAAAGAGCAGAAGAAAUCUCUCCUUGGCGAUGCUAAAGACUGGCAGGAGAAGCACAAGAAGCUGAGCGAGGAGAUCCGAGUUUAUCACAAAUCCCAGAAAGAGCUGGAAGACUCUCUGGUGCACAAGGAGAACGAGAUCGAUGUUUUGUCCAGCUGUAUUGCUGAGCUCAACCGACUGGGAGGCUGCGACUCUGCAGAGCUACAGAAAGAAGAUGCUAGAAUGUCAAACGGAGAUGAUUCUGAGAAGAAAAUGGACACUAUGAGACUGCGAAUCAAACAGAUGAUGGACGUCUCCAGGAUUAAAGCCACUCUCAGCGUUGUGGAGGACGAGAGGAAUCGCUAUAUGGAGAAUCUCCUCACUGAACAGAAAUCCAGACAAGAGCUGGAAGAGCAAUAUCAGAAGGUCAUGCAUGACCAGAUGAAUCUGAACAAUGAGAAAACACAUCUGGAGAACCAGAUGAAGAACCUGCAGCAGAGACUGGAGAUCACCACUGAACUCUACCAGCAGAAGGAGAACGCACUGCAACAGAAGUUGACUCAGGAGGAGCUGGAGAGACGCGAGAAGGAGACGAAGCUGUCGGAGGUGGACAGUAAAGCUCUGCGCUCAGAGGAGGAGGUUCGAGCCCUCAAGCAGAAGAUUAAGGACAUCGAGGAGGAGAUGCAGCAGAAUGAACGCUCACUCAAAUCUGAGGUGGCAGUGCAAGAGAAGAAAGCCCAUGAGAACUGGUUGAAAGCGCGGGCCUCAGAGCGAACUCUAGUGGAGGAGAGAAGAGAAUCAGCCACUCUUCGGCAGAAGCUUGUGGAAUACAGAGAUAAAAUAUCCGACAUGGAGCAAAGUCUGUUCAAGCUGAACUCUGGGCCGCCGGAUCGACACAUGCCGCAGCGCAGAGGGGAUUCUUACGGUCCAUCUCCUGUGAGCGGCGGGGCUCCAUCUCCUCCUCUGAUGAUCGAGGGUCCGGGACGGCCCCCAUCAGCACCUGUAGGGCGACGCGGUGAGCCGUUCGGUCCGCGACCCCCGUCUGACCCUCACGGACGCUUCUCUGAGCUUGGACACCCUUUGCCAUCCAGACCAGAAAUGUUUCAGCCAAUGACAUCAUCUCCAUGUGCACAUGAUGGGCCGAUGCAGACUGCACCAGUCGUGGAGCCGGCCGAGGCCUCAGAUCAGGCCUCAUGUGAGCCUGUAGAGACUCUCUCCAAAUCUCAAAGUCAGGGAUCCUUCCUGCCCUCCCCGAUCCGGGAUUCUCCAGUUCCUCCACCAAACGUCCCGCUGAAGCCUUAUGGUCCCCCUGGGAUGCCACCCAAUGGGCCGCCGAUGAUGAUCCGACCACCCAACGGACAUCCUCCCAUGAUGCACCUUGACCCGCGCUUCAGACCUCCACACAUGGACUCUUUCGGCCCGCCUCCUCCGAUCAGACCAUUUGGACCCGUGCCACCACCUUUUGCUCGAGGGCCUCCACUCGGACAGCGGGACGUCCCGCCAGAUUACUUUGCACCCCGUGGCCUCCCUCCUCGGCCCUUCCCGUCUGGACCCCUGCCACCCCCCGGAGCCAUGAUCCCUCCUCCCUACAGCGGACUCCGUUUCCCAGCAGCCCCUGCGGUACUGUCUCAGAGCUCCAGAGAUGGGGACGAGGAGCCGCCGCAGACUCACGCAGAGCCCUGAAACACAUCUGCUCAGGGCGGAGGGGGGGAAAUGAGUUUGAUUUGAUUUAUUUUUUUUCAAUAACACAUUUGUGAGCAGAAAUAAUGAGGGUUUUGAUUUUAUACAUUAGCAAACCUUUCCUAUGGAAAUAGUUUGAUUGAAUAUACCUUUAUUUUGUCUUCUCUCUAGUGGUUAAAUGGUAACAUCCACCACUCGCCCAGUGCUGAUGCAUCUUGGGAAAUCAAACCAAUAUUUAGGCAAGCCAUUUAUUUCCUCAUGCCUUUAAUGUGAGAGGACUUUUUUUAUGCCUUUUUUUCUUCUUCUUCUUCACCGUGUUUCCAUUUGUUUGCUUUUAGUCUGAUUCUCCAGCUCACGUAAUACGAUUCAGCCUGUGUUUAUUUUAACGUUUGAUCCGUCGUGAUUUCUUUUCCUAGCGGAAAGGCACAUAUGAUGUCAUAUUGACAAAGUAUUUGUACAUUUCUUUCAGCUGCGCGUAUGUUAUUAUUAAAAAAUCCCCAAACGUAACACGUCAGCUCAGAUAAACGUCUUCUCUUUGAGUUUUCAGCGCUGUAUGUAUUAAUUAAAGGCUGUUUUUAACGACGAAACAUGAGAAUGCAUUAAUUAGUUCCUGCAUCAGAUUGAAUGUGACCGUUUAAUGUAAUUAUUUUAUGAACAAAUCUCUCAUUCAGUUAAGACAGGAAUUAUAUUGCAUUGUUAAAUUGCAAUAAUUUUAUGAAUGAUUUACUCUGCGUGGCCCAGAACCAGUGGUGUUUCAUGGGUUUAUGAUGCAACAACAAAAUAAUCCCAAUAUUCAAAACUAUUUUCUUCAUCUGUGUUUCUUAUUUUGCCAUAUACUUUUUGUUUUGUUUGGUAUUAGAGUAAAUUAUUUUAGGAAGCGUGUUGAGAGAAUGCAUCUUGUGUAAGAGUGUCUGCAUCGUGUUGAAAUCUUAGGGAAGAAACGGUUUUAAAAAAACAAAUGUGGCAUUGAUUUCAUGGGAAUGAAUGAAUGAGUUGAAUAAAGCUGCUUUUUCCUGA